CGUCGAAGUGUGCCAGGUGACUGAGGCUGAAGGUGUGGUCCAUCAAGUCGGCUAGACGCCGGGCGCCGACCGCUUCAGAGACCGUUCGCGCCCGCGUUGCCGCCCAUUGUCACACCUCGAUGAAGCGGCUUCGGUCGGCGGGAGGUUCCCGAGCCAGUCCAAAAGCGGAAUGGGGCGAUAUCGGAGGCUGACCAAUCCCACUGGCCGCUGGUGGAACGACCGUCUGGCGUCUGCCAUCCGCCAUCCUGCCGUUCCUUCACCCUUCACCGCGCGGGAUUUGACACCUUGCUCAUUGCUCAAUUUUCAGCGAUGGGCAGAUGGGCCUCAAGGCCAGCCAGUGAGCUUCUGGUCCCGGCCCUGGUCGCAUCGUCAAUGGCCGGAGGAAUGCAGACCGAGACAAGUGAUGAGCCCGGAGGGGUGGAGACAUCGAGCUCACCGGGUCCCGACGAGGAGAUGGAUGUGGCACCCGCUGCCCGCUCCCGCCACCCUCUUUUUUCAUGUUGUGCAAGGACGGCAGGCGCCAUGGACAAUCAUAAAGGUGGUUCGGUCCGAUCCUGAUGUUAGGUGUGCUGAACAGUCGCGCUGGUUGGAUCACUCCAAAAGUCCAAAUCGACAAGUCGAGAUGGCAAAUUUCAAAGUCUGGGGCGGUAUAGUAUCCAUAACUAAGAGAGGUUCGGCUGUAAAUGUCGAUGUUGUUUUUCCUGCACAUGCCAUGCAGGCAGACAAGAACAGACGGCGCGACGGCUAUCUGAAGCGCGAAUCCCACCAGUGUGUACGCACGUCUUUCGUGCAUAUGCCGCUAAUCAUAGACACACCUUGACUGUGCCAGGUCGCCGACUCGGCGGGAGAGUCUGGAAGGUCAAAUACAGGCAUACCGUAGAAGUGGAGACUUGCCGGCUGAAUGUGCAAUGGUGUUUUGACGUAGGCCCUCUGUCCAUGGGACUGCCGAAGUUGCAACGUUGAUACACACAAUGGAAGCAUAGCCACAGUGUAACUUGCAGAGGGUGGCUGGUAAUUCGGAAGAGGACUUCAAUACUGGCGCCUUUGCCAGCUAAGGCAUCUCAAGA